AUGACUGCCAGUACAGGUAAGAGGUCAUCUCGUGCCUGCCUGCGAUGCCGUAAGCGCAAGACCAGAUGCGACCUUGAUACCAUCGGAGAACCAGGCAAAGCUCCCUGUGUCUUUUGCCAUGAUACUAAGAGCCAAUGUGUCCUCAUCAAGUCCAGGCGAGGGGGUAAUUUCCGACAGCAUCAGCACAAGUCGGGCAAUUCGCGACGACAGAAGACUUUGCUCCGAACAAAUUCCGGAGACUCGAAUGGGCCUGACGUGGAACCGGCUAAUAGCGUGUCUGAUGUGACCGGAAGUUCUUCAGAUGGUGAAGGCAGCGUUGGCAGACAGAAUCCUGGAGAUGUCUUAGCUAUGGAACUCCGGAAUCCAUCUGAUGCGCUGCAGAUACUAGCCAUGUCUGGUCAGGUCCGGUCCGGAAGUCGGCUUCAAGCUCAGUUCACCAGCACGGCAAACUUAGAGGAACAAUUGGACGCUGCAGCUCAAAGAGCAAGCGCGUCAGAUACCAACCAGUCUCAGGACUCUCAAGGCCACCAGAGGCCUUCGGCGACUAGCUUUGAUGACUACGAGUUGGUAAAGAGAGGCGUAUUGCGCCCGAGCCUAGUAUUUGAGCUACUACAUGAGUAUCACAAUUAUUAUCAUCCGUAUUGUCCGAUCGUCCCUUCUCAUUUGCUGGUUUUAUCAAGAAUGAGCCAGAUUCAACGGUCUGAAUACUUUCUUCUCACAGCUAUCCUCACCAUUGCGUCGAGAGACAAUCCCCACCAUUCACUCACCCACCGUUAUUGCUGGGAUCACACCCAACGCCUCUUGGUUGAUGUACUCCUGGCACACCCCUGGACCCAAACCCCAGCAACUGUCCAGGGACUGUUGCUUUUGGCGGAGUGGCUUCCCCAUAUUCAAGUUCAAGAAACCUCUUCUGAAUCCACCAAAAAUCUAUUUAGCGAAGAUAGAACAGCUUGGUCGCUUGUUGGGCUCGCAGUUCGGCAAGGCUAUCUCCAGCGCCUCGACCAGGCCGCCUUUCGUAAUUUUAGUCACAGUGGGUCAAAGCAACGAACAGAGCAAGACAGGAUUGUCUGGGCUUAUAUUUUUAUUGCCGAUCGUCAGAUAUCAGUCCGACUUGGGCAGUCAUUCUGGUCCCGAGGCCCGUCUCUUGCCACAAAAUUCACCGUCGACGAUUUCCCGAGUCUUCAGCCUCGUCCGGAGAACGACAAUGAGGACUAUGCAUCGUGGCUGCAAGCAUCUAUGGAGCUGAUACAAAUCUUGCAUAAUGCUCAUGCAAUUCUUUACUCAUCCAAAGACCGAACAUUGGCAAUGGUCUAUGAAGGUGAUUACGCCCGGUAUCUUGAUGACUUUCGAACUUCCGCAACCACGUGGCGCUCGGCAUGGGGCAAUCUAGCUGUGUCCGCUAAGAUAAGGACAACUCUUCUUAUCAUGUACGAGUACAUUUGCCUUUACACGAAUGCCUUUUCCUUCCAGGCGGUCCUGACGAGGGCUUCUCGUCCACACGGAUCAUCCAAGGGACAGCAGAAUGAGCGCCCAUUUGCCCACAUAUUAUCCAAAGGCAUCAUGGCAUCCCCCGAUGGUCGGUACAUAUUUGAUGCUAUCAGCGCAGCAAUGAAUCUGUUGGCUCUGAUGAAUAGACUUGAUCCGCAACAUGUGCUAUGCUACCUACCGUCUCGUUACUAUUUAUAUGGUGUCUAUGCAGCAGUCCUACUGCACAAAGCAGACCGAGCAGGGGCGUUCCAAUCCGAAGAACAACACCAAGAGAUUACCACCUUAGCCCAAAAAUUCAUAUCUGCUCUCGAAAAGGGAGCGUCGACUGAAUCACACAUCUGCCACAGUUACAGUCGGAUGCUAAGGCAACUAUGGAGCCGGCGGGAGAAGAAGAAAACUAAAGCUUCACGCAGCCAAGAUAACACAGAGUUGAACCUUGGUGGCCAGCACAAUCUCUCAACACCCCCACAACCGUUUCUAUUGGGUCAAGAGCCCGAUAAUCAGACAUGCACCAAUGGCACCUUGGGCGACGCCUGCAUCUCACAACAGAUAAGCCCUCUACCAAUGGGAAAUAAUGUGUCAGAGUUUCCCUCUGUUGAGGGAUAUUUUCUUGGUUCGUUCAUGCCUGGUAUCGCUGACUUUAGCACUCCUAAUUUCGAUGAAUACUUGGCCCAAGAAUACUCCUUGAUCGGUAGUGCAGAUGGUCCCCAAAACUGGAACUCAGUAAAUCCUAAUGUGGAUUCCCACAUUCUUGAUUUGUAG